UAAAACUGGAAUAAGAAAAAUACAAACAAUUGAGCCAGUGGCAGUAGUAUGAUUGAGUGGAUUGUAGUGGUCAACUUUGGAACAGAGGACGGAAACAGUUAAACAAUGCUUCAAUGCAGCUUUAAUGUGCGAUAGAACUCGGAAUAUGGUAAUUCCGAAAGGAUUCUCGGCUGACUGCAAAAUUAGUGUCUCCUAGACAACCAUCAUUCAGCAUGGAUGUAGAAGAGUUCCCUCCCCCUCCACCUGAAGUGAUACAGAGUGACCUGUCCUUUGCUGAUGAAGAAGGAGGAGAGCUGUUUGAGUUUGACGACAGCGGAUAUGAAAUUCCUGAAGCUGACCGACAGCCUCCUGCUCCACCUUUACCUGAUUAUGAAAUUGAAAUGAAGGACAAAGACAUUGACUCCGCUGAGGAUAAACAUAAAGAUGCACAAGGGCAUCUUCUCAGUAAUACACAGAAAAAAACACUGACUAAUGACGUCUUCACAAAAACAGAGGAUUCAAGUUUCACUACAGGGUCAAUUUCAGAAGCUCCUUUGCAGAGGCAGAGUCCCGUACAAGAGGAAAAGGAGGACGGCCAGGAAGAUGCUGCCAGUGCCAGGGUCCUUAGUGGGUAUUCUGUUCCGGUGCCAAAUGAAUACGCUGUACCGUCCGACAUCCCUCUAAUCCUGCCUGCUUACUCCACUCCUGUCAUCAUACGACACCUCUCGGUGGAUGAAGAAGUGACUGUGCAAGGGAAACCGUGGGUCGUGCCACCUUUUGACUGUUCUCCUGGUAACACCGACAGCAUUGACUUUCACCACUAG